UAUUUUUUUAUGGCUAUUGCACUAUAUUUUAUAUAAUUUAACUCUUAAUUCCUCUACUGAUGAUCGCUUGAUCAGGUCGGUAUAAGGUGAGCUGAGUUGAAGUUUGAGUAGAGGAGAGAAAAUUAACCAAACAAUGCCCAGUUUAGGGACCCUAGUUCUUACCUCUCUAGGCCUCUACCUCCUCUUCAUUUUCUUUAAAUUUGUUCACAAAGUAUGGUGGAGACCGGUACAGGUACAGAAUUUCAUGGCCUCACAAGGAAUCAAGGGCCCUCCAUAUAAAUUAUUGUAUGGGAGCAUGAAAGACAUGAUGCAAAUCAUAAAGGAAUCCAUGUCCAAACCCAGUGAUCUCUCACAUGACAUGUUUGUCAAGGCUCAGCCUCACUAUCACACGUGGUUCAAGAAAUAUGGGACGAAUUUCCUCUACUUCCAAGGACCGAAACCGACACUAUUCGUAUCAGAGGCUGAGCUUGCCAAGGACGUGUUGAAUAACAAAGAAAAAGCUUAUCCAAAAGCAGAGUUGGAAUCAUAUGUGAAGAAGCUAAUAGGAAAUAGCCUUGUGACUUAUGAAGGGGAACAAUGGAGCAAAAUGCGCAAAUUGGCCAAUCAUGCUUUCCAUGGAGAGACCUUAAAGAAUAUGGUAUCGGACAUGGUAGCCAGCACGGAGACGAUGAUGGCGGGGUGGAAGAGUCAUGAAGGUAGAGAAAUUGAGGUCUAUGAAGAAUUUAAGUUGUUGACAUCAGAAGUGAUUUCCAGGACAGCUUUUGGAAGCAGCUUUGUAGAGGGGAAGGACAUCUUUGAAAAGUUGAGAAAGGUGAUCGUGAUAGCCCACACACCUCCUCCCAAAUUUCGGAUCCCUGGCACCAGUUUGAUAUUCAAGAACAGUGGAGAGAUGGAAGCGGAGAAACUUGUGACCGAAAUGAAGUACUCGAUUUUAGGAAUAAUCAGGAAGAGGGAAAGCCAGGCAAUAAGUAGUGGAGAAGCAGAGGAGUAUGGCAAUGACUAUCUUGGAUUGCUUCUAAGGACUUUCCAUGAUGCCGAUGAAUCCAAGAGGAUUUCACUGGAGGAUGUGAUUGAUGAGUGCAAGGGAAUCUACUUUGCUGGUCAAGAAACCACCACCAACUUGCUCUCAUGGGUUGUCAUGCUUCUUGCAAUCCACACAGACUGGCAGGAGGAAGCAAGAAAGGAAGUUCAGAAAGCAUUCGCCGGCCGAAAUCCAACUCAAGAAGGCAUUGCCAAACUCAAAACUAUCACCAUGAUCAUUCAUGAAACACUGAGACUGUAUCCUCCAGCAAUGGGAGUGAUAAGGAAAGUCGGUAGAAAAGUUCGACUCGGAAAGCUUGAUCUGCUGCCUGAUAUGUACUGUUUUGUCUCAAUUGUGAAGCUUCAUCAUGAUCCUCAAAUAUGGGGAGAGGAUGUUAAUCUUUUUAAGCCGGAGAGAUUUGCAGAAGGCGUCGCGAAGGCCACGAAAAAUGAAGCUGCUGCGUUCUUUCCGUUCAGUAUUGGACCCAGGAUUUGUGCUGGAUCAAAUUUUGCUGUCACAGAAGCUAAGAUUGCUCUUUCAAUGAUUUUACAGAGAUAUAGCUUCACACUUUCCCCAGCCUAUGUCCACUCACCAUUGAAGGUGUUUGUUCUUCGUCCACAAAAUGGAGUUCAGAUCAUCCUUCGCCCACUGGUAGAGUGAAGAACAAUGCUUUACUGCAUUUUGAGUUUAUAUUGGGACUCAUUAUAGAUGUCCAGUUGAACAAAUAAGUUAUACUUGAACACAGUUUCUAUAAAUACCUAUUACAUUUGUCAAUGUAUAAUUUGUUAUCAAGAGAACCACGAGCAGCUCAGAUAAAACUCAUGUGUGUAAUAUCUCAUAUAAGAGUUC